GUAUUUUUUUACGGAAGGAGGCGUGACGUGAUAAAGAGUGGGCAUGUGGAGGUGUGUCCUCACUAUUGUGACCCGUUCUUGGUCUGGGCUGGAUCUUUAGCAGUGACCAUCGAGCCAGCAGGACCGUGAACGUCACCGCGACACUGGUAUUAAAAAGACUCAAACAUGUCUCAGUCUAUCCUCGACACAAUGGCCGCAGCAUCGACGGGCACAGUGGUGGUCACCGACGCGCUGAACUUCUGGGGCGGAAAGCGAGUGAAGUCGAGUCACAACAAGAACGCCGAGCCUGUGUUCGAGCCUGCUACUGGUCGGGUUUUAUGUCAGAUGGUUCCAUGUGUUGAGGAGGAGGUGAACGAAGCCAUAGAGAGUGCCCACACUGCCUACUUGAAAUGGGGCAAGAUGGCAGGCUUGGAGCGGGCCAGAGUACUGCUGGAAGCAGCCCGGAUAAUUAGGGAAAGAAGGGACCAGAUUGCAAAGCUGGAGGUGAUCAACAAUGGAAAGUCCAUCACUGAGGCUUCAGCAGACAUUGAUUUUGCCUGGCAGUGCCUGGAGUACUAUGCAGGACUGGCUGGAACUCUUGCAGGCCAACAUAUCCAACUUCCCGGUGGUACAUUUGCGUACACCAGGAGGGAGCCACUUGGGGUGUGUGUGGGAAUCGGAGCCUGGAAUUAUCCCUUUGGUAUUGCAGCAUGGAAGUCUGCUCCAGCACUGGCUUGUGGUAACGCCAUGGUGUUUAAGCCCUCCCCAAUGACCCCGGUGACGGCGGUCCUGCUGGCUGAGAUCUACAAGGAGGCUGGGGCCCCCGAUGGGCUCUUUUGUGUGGUGCAAGGUGGCGCCGAGACUGGAUCCCUGCUAUGUUAUCACCCCAAGGUUGCCAAAGUUUCAUUCACUGGCAGCGUUCCAACUGGCAAAAAGGUGAUGGAAAUGUCUGCCAAGUCUGUGAAGCAGGUGACUCUGGAACUGGGUGGAAAGUCUCCCCUGAUCAUAUUUAAGGACUGUGAGCUGGAAAAUGCAGUGAAGGGAGCCCUCAUGGCCAACUUCCUCACACAGGGCCAGGUGUGCUGCAAUGGCACCAGGGUAUAUGUCGAGAGAGAGAUAAUGCCCAAGUUCCUGGAAGAAGUGGUGAAGAGGACUAAAGCCAUCCCUGUGGGAGACCCUCUUCUGGAGGGGACUAGAAUGGGUGCACUGAUCAGCAAACCCCAGCUGGAAAAAGUGCUGGGGUACGUGGAGCAAGCCAAGAAAGAGGGAGCCAAAGUUCUGUGUGGGGGACAGCCUUUGGUCCCAAGUGAUCCCAAACUGAAAGACGGCUACUUCAUGUCCCCCUGUGUGCUGGACAACUGCAGAGAUGACAUGACCUGUGUGAAGGAGGAGAUCUUUGGCCCAGUCAUGUCUGUGUUACCCUUUGACACAGAAGAAGAAGUUCUCCGCCGGGCCAAUGAUACAACUUACGGUUUGGCCUCUGGAGUUUUCACCAGGGACAUCGCAAGAGCUCAUCGUGUCGCUGCGGACCUGGAGGCAGGUACCUGCUACAUCAACAACUACAAUAUUGGUCCAGUGGAGCUCCCGUUUGGUGGCUACAAGAUGUCUGGUUUUGGUCGUGAGAAUGGCCAGGUGACAAUUGAAUACUUCUCCCAGCUGAAGACAGUUGUCGUGGAAAUGGGAGAUGUGGAGAGCCUCUUCUAAAGUGUUAUGGCCGCACCAUUUCAAUUUAAUUCUGAGUGCCUUUCUGCUAACAACAUGAGUCACAGCAAACUAACAAAUGCUAAACUGAAACCUCUAUGCAAAAUCUGUGAAGCUGCAGUUUCAAUCAAUAAAUAUAGCAAAUGUU